AUGGGCGAUCCGGCCCCCCCUCGCAGGCGGUUCGCCCCUGUACCUAUCGAGACGACUUUUCAGUCGGUCCGCAGCCAGGCCCCUAAGACGCAGCCCGGCGGACACACAGACGAGCUCACGCCCGAACCGUCGCCUCGCGAACAGUCGCCCGACCCAGUCGUCUUCCAGCCCGGCAAGAGGCGGUUCGCCCCUCAGUUGAUCGAGACCUCGAGACGAACCCGCCGAGUCGGAGACACGGGCCCCGCCACCAAGCCCGCUGAUAAGACCGACAUCACCCCCUACACAAAUCACAUUUACGUCCAGCGCAACAAGUCGAGACGGAAACCCCGCGACCAGUCCUCGCACAACCAGACUGUCCUGCACAAGGGUGCCAGGCGUGAAUCGGAAGAUGAGAAUGCAGGCAACUAUGUGUUGGAGUGGGCUGCCAAGGAGGCCGAGCGCCAGAUGCACGAAGAUGCCCUCGCUGCCUUUCCCAACAGCAGGGCGCGGGAGGGUGGUGCCGCCCACUUCUACUUCCGCGAGAGCUCCGGCGACGAUUCUCUGUCAUCGAGCACAUCGCCCGUGCCCCUCAGAGAGCAGCCCAAAGCCCUCCAUGGACGCCAGCCCCGUGCCGCGCGACGUAAGUCGUCUGACCUGGGCUACUGGCACAAGCACAUGCAGGAGCAUGCGGAAAAGGUAGCGGCCGAGCGCGGCGACACGAUGCACGAUGCGGAUGCAGAUGGGGACCUGGACGGUGAUGUCGAUAUGGACGAUUCGGAGCUUGACAACAUGGAGCUUGACAGCCCCCCCGAUCCCAUGUGGACGACCAACUCGCGUAAGCGUUCGCAACCUGGAGCAGCUCGCGGUCCCAUCGGUGAGACCUACAUGCCUCUGGUGGGCUCCACGACCACGGUCCUUCAGGAGACGAAGGCUGCCCAGGUCGGCCCUGCUAGCGCCACGUCAUCGUCGGCGACGGGAAGACCCAUCGGAGAAUCACACAUGCCUCUUGUGCCGCCGCCCGUCUCGGGCAUGCCCGCUACGAAGUUGAGUUUAUGGAGGACAUCAACAGAGACCCCCCCGGCGGAGGUGGUUCUGUGGCGGGGCUACUGCUACAAGGACAGCCGCAACAAGCACGAAUAUCGUGCGGGCCGAACUGCAGCCCCCGACCCUUUCGGUCGUGGCUCCAUGAGCGAUGAGCCCGAGUCCAGCAGUCAAAGCUCGCCCCCGCCCCCGCCGGAGCACCGUCUCCGUUCCGGCGAAGCCAAGGGUCUGCACAUGCUGCAUGGGCUCGAGGAGAAGCUGAAGCGCGAGAAGGCCAAUGUGGAGAGGGAGGAUCGCAUCCACAGCGAGUUCAACGAUGCCUUCAUCACCCAGGUCUACAACUACCUGUCGUUGGGGUACCCGCCAUGGCCCGCAACUUUGAUCAGGAGCUCUCCAAGUUCGCCAAGGUCAGCAUCGCCGACCUGCGUGCCGACGACGCCAGCCAAAUGGCCCACGGCCACGUGGUCGAGGAAGCACAGGUGCCCGAAGACCAGCGCUGUCCCCGAUGGAGAGCCUCCGGGUCUACAUCCUGGAGUGGGCUCACCAACAUCCCAACCUCGACACACUUGA